CUUUUUGAAAGCGAAUUGGUGCUCGCGCUCGAAUAAAGGACGUUCAUCUUGACUGACGUGAGCCGAUAGUGUGCAGCGGUUCACCACAGGAGAGCUGUAAGAAGCUGUAAAAGCUCACAACAUAAAUCCAGCUGUACACUCUAGUUGGUAAGACCCGUGAAGAAUCAUGUGGGUUCUGGAGAAAAUCCGGAGCUCAGUGGAGAACAAUGCUCCCCGACCAGGGGAGACAGGAGACAAACAGGACAAAGCACCCAUCUACAGCAAUGUUCUCACACCUGAUAAGAUACCGGACUUCUUCAUCCCUCCCAAGCUGGUGACCGCUCCACCAGAGACUGAAACAUCAGAAGUAAAGCCCAAGGACAGUCUCCGGCCUUCCACCUCAGAGCAGACCAUUGCCAACAAAGUCAGCAGCCCUCGGAGUCCUCGCCUGGUUAGCAAACUAGCUGGAGACACCAAAAACCUGCUAAGGGCUGCCAACCGACACAUCAUUCAGAUCGAGAGUGCAGAUGAUGUUGUUGCAGGGGACACCAAUGCUGACCCUCAGUCCCAGACAGCUAUGUCUUUGUCAUAUAUUCCGAAGACUCAGACCUCAUAUGGAUUUGCUACACUAAUGGAGAGUCCCCACACUCGCCGGAAAGAGUCACUUUUUCACUGUGACCACACAAGCCCAGUCACGUCCCCCAACACCCAACGCAAGUCACCAGGCAAAACCAGCAUAGAAGUUAGCCAUCUUAACCCUUUGGAUUUCAAUACGUCCCACAUCAACCCAUAUCGCUAUUUUAGUGGGGGCGAGAGUGACACAUGCUCCUCAGCUGAAUCCUCCCCUUUCAGCUCACCCCUGCUGUCCCGCUCUGCCUCCUUGCUCAAGAUCUUCACUCAUGAAACCCAGGCCAAAGUUGUCAAAGCCAAGAGGACUUUUGCCAGACACAGUUCCCUGUCCACAGAUGAGUGCAGCUCUGCAGAGCCCAGCCCCAGCGUACCCAGGAGGCUCCACUCUCCUGCAGCUGGUGGACCUCUGGAUCAUCAGCAUGGGAAAGACAGACAGCAAAAAGAACACACAGUCAACCUCCACAAGGGAGGCAUGGUGCGUCUCUGUGUUGAUUAUGACCCAGGAGCUGCACGUUUGCGUGUACGCCUCAUUGCUGCUGAGGAUCUUUAUGACCAGACAAUUGAUAUAAAGAGCAUUAACUGCUGUGUGUCACUUUACCUCAACCCAGGAAAGCAGCAAAAGCAGAGAAGCACUAUAAUCAAGAACAGCCGCAAUCCCGUCUUCAAUGAGGACUUCUUUUUUGAUUCUGUGAGCUCAGCUCAGGUGAAAAGCCUGUCUCUGAAGAUCAAAGUGGUGAACAAGGGUACUAGCCUGAAACGGGACAGCCUAGUUGGAGAGAGAGAGGUUCCAUUGGGGAAGCUGCUGUCUGGUCUUUAAGCCUGCAAAGGCUUAAGAUGGCUUAGUGCUUUAAUCAUGUUGGCUUUAAUGUACAUUUAAAUAAACAGUUAAGCUUGUUACCAUAUAGUAUUAGCAGCUCAUUUAGCAGUGGCAUAUUUAUUCAUGACUAUAACUUACACUCUAGCUCAGCCUUUAUAGUAUGUAUAUGUACAAAUUUUCAUCUGGUUUGAAUAAAAGAUAUAUCUUUAAAUAUUGUGCAAAGAAACAAUACCAGUAAAAAGAUUCUGAAAAUACAUUUUAACAUUUGUAUUAAUCAUUUGCUCAUUUUAAAUACUUCAUAGAAUUUGAAAGUCUGUCCAAGGAACAGCUGUGAAUGAAUUGAGAUAUAUUAGAAAUGACUAUUUUAUUGAAAUGAAACAAUUUAGAUUGCAUUGGAAACCUUAAAACCUUAUCACUCUGAUUAAAACAUAUAUUGAUGUUUUAAAAUAUUACAUUUACGGUUUCAAUAUAAAUUCCACAAGGAUUUAGGUUUUGUUAACUGUUUAAGAAAUUGUAGGAGUUUAAAAAGAUUUGACUGGCAGUGAAAAUUUUGUUGUUUUAUACUUGUGUAAAUUGAUGCAGACAGAAAAUAUCCUCCUUGAUAGCAAAAUAAAAAAACGAAAAACUUUUCUCUUCUAUGGAGGCCAGGGCCUUUGAACAUUUAGCUCUAUCCCCCGAAUGAUUCUGUGUGCAAAUGUCAGCUUUGAUCCAGGAUGCAUCAAUUUGCAGGAUGAAUAAACACCAUGGAGGACAUUACAUCACCCUGUCUGACAGUGGUGUAUUGUUAUACGUUAACUCUUGUGAAUAGUUUUGUGAGACCCAAACGCCUUAAUGAUGAAGAUGAAGGUUUGCAACUCUUAAUCAAGUUUAUCAUUUCAUGUUAUGCUGAGUAUAAAUCUAUUCUGAAGAACUCUUCAUAUAUGUCACUAUAUGGAAAAUAUAAAAAUUGAAGAUUAUGUUUUUAAAUUCUUUCUGUAUUUUUUUUUCUUGGGCACUGAAUAAAUUCUGACGAAUAGAGAUUAGUGAAAUAUUAGUUAGAUUAGUGACAAUGGGGAACUAUGAAGUUGAAUCAUUUAAACAUUAUUUUGCUGUUUUCUUCUAUAUUUUCACAUAUUUGGCUGAAUUAAAUUCAAUAUUAAUAUUUCUAUUAUUCAAGAGACAUGAUAAAAGUAAAUGAUUGGAAAUGUUGCAAUAAUAGAAUUAACCAAACUCUGAGGAAAUAGGAGUUUAAGUAUUGAUGGAAAGAUGGACUGUGUGACUGUGUAAUGGUAAAAUAUUAAGAAAACUCAUGACCCUAGCUUUGACUCAUGAUUUGUUGUGACAGCCCUCUUUAAAAUCCCUCCAAAACACAGAGCAUGCUAACCAGCAGAAUCUGCAAAUUAUGUCCUGAAAUGCUGCUUAAUUCAACAAACUAAAACUUGAUCUGUGAUGAUAUAAAUUUCUUGUGAUCAAAAACUCUACUCCAGAUUCAUUGUGGUUUUUAAAAAAGUGCUGAUGUUUAUUUUUUUUUUGUUUAGUUUUUUUGUUUUGUUUUUUCCAAAAAUGUCUAUUUAGGUUUCAGAGUCGCUCUAAAACCCAUGUCUUCCUGUUCUAACAGGUUUUUUUUAAGUGCCAAUCCAAUAUACUUGAUGUGUAAAUUGUUUUAUUGUCAAAAGUUGUAAAUGCUGGAUUUCAGUUUUUGUGUAUUGUGACCAAUUUAUGUGUAUUGAUUCUGAUUUUGUGGCCAAACACGUGUAAAUUAAGAUGUGAACUGUAGAAUGAGAAAUUGUCUUUGCUUUAUAUGUGGCAUGCUGUCCACAGAUUUGCAUGAAUACUGCAACAUGCUGAUGUACUGUAUAUGCCGAUAAGCUAUUAAUGGAAAACUGCAGGUUGUGUUAAGAAUUGUAUACUCUGGUAAAAGUAACAUAAAAUAAAGCUAUA